AUGGACAACUCGACGAGCCCUCCAGACGAUAUUUCUCUAGACGAUUUAUUCCCAGACGGAGAUUAUUCAAGUGUUUUGAAUGAUUUGCCAUUUAGUAAUACUCUAGAAUUCAAUGAUAACAAUCGAUAUGAUCUUUUACAACUGUUAGCAUCUGCUAAUAGCGAUGAUACGAAUUCGGAAACUGCAGAUGGCAAUGAUUCAUCAGAACUCGUUCAUUUUUUAUUAGAUGAACAACGAGAUGCGGUAGCAAUUGUUGAUGAUAAAGAAAGAAUGCCAAAUUCAACUUUUGAUCAAAAUUCCAGUAUUACUAAUAUGCCGAUGCCUCAAGAGAUAACUGGAGAUCAAAAUUCCAGUAUUACUAAUAUGCCGAUGCCCCAAGAGACAACUGGAGAUCAAAAUGUAAUAAUGUAUCAAAUGUAUCCAUCUAUAUUUGAAAUGCUUGAUGCUGCCAUCUCUGUUAAGCAACAACCUAAGGCAAAUAAUCGUAUACGUUAUGGUUGUGAUGGUGUCCGAUUUUUGCCUGACUCACGAUAUCAUCCACUGACAGUUACUUUCUGUAAUUUGCAACGCAUUGCAUUAGCUAAAAAUCAAACAUUGGGAAUCGUCACGACGAUAGUAACAAGUACAAACAAUCCCACUAGUCAAACAUUUGUUCAUGCUAAUAAUAUUACUGUUCGUGAACCAAAUGCAAUACAAAUAGCAUAUGGAUGUGUUUUCGCUCCGUUAAAGCAAUCUGAGAUAGACGAAGGUAUAAAAGAAUAUCGACGUCUGUCAAUUUUAUAUAAAAAAUAUAAUGACUAUUCGUUUGAUCUUACACCAUUCAGUACAGAAGCAAUGUUUGGAACAACUCAGCAAUAUACAGUCCUGAAUGAUCCGAACAUGGACAUAGUGCCGAAAGGAAAAUGUUUUAAACAGCAUUACGAUCUAUUAUCAUAUAAGUUAGUUUUUCAACUAGCUUUAAAAGAAAAUAAUAUAAUAUACAUUUCAAAUAUUACAUGUGAAACUGAGGUUGUUCAUGAACAAUCAGUUACACAAAAACCUGGUAAACGAACAGUAUCAUUUUCAAUUGAAAGUCUUUCAGAAGAAGAGUCUAAUUUCGAAACACAAGUUUCGAAUUCAUCAAAGAAAUUCAAAUCAUCAACCCCACCGUUGAUUGGACUUCCGAAUUUAUUGUUUUAUUUUGUAGGCAUGAACUUCAAUUCAUAUUCAACUGAAGAUUCUGACUUGGCUCUGCUUGAUGACUUAAUUGAAUCUCCAUCAACUAACGAAGACUUCAGUAUUUCAAUUAAUAGAAUGCAAAGUUUUUUUUUUCUUGAAUAUGCUUCGUUUUAUUCAGGUUUUCGUGUUGCUUAUGAUUACAAUCCAUUGGAAACAUUUUAUGAAGCUAACUCUGCUGCUACAAGAAAUGAUGAACAAAUAACGAUAAAUAGUCCUCAUAAUGAAUCAUUACCUGUCAUUCGAUCACAUACAGAAAAGCCAUCGGAAUCAUCCGUUACUCUUUCGAAUUGUGUCGCUAUUACUAAUUCAAAAUCAAAAAAAAUACAACUUGUUUAUCCGUUAGAAAAUACGUAUCGAGCACGAUAUAAAAGUGAUUAUUUUCCACAAAAUGGUACUUUGCCAACCGACUAUCAAUAUGAUGUAGAAAAUGAUUAUAUUCGUGUUGCAUUAAUAACAACAUGUAUUGAAGGUCAUGGACAUUACUAUAGUCCAUAUAAAUUUCAAAAAGAUCAUUAUGAUAUUAAAAUACCUGAUGAAAAUCCAAUUUAUAUAAAAAUAGAAAAUAGCCGAGACACUAAUUCUGUUAUUCGACUUCAACUUGUUCUCAUUAAAUCUAAAUUAGAUCAACUUAAUUAUGUUCAACCAUUAAUACGUUUUUCUGAUACGACUGCUCGUAUACAGAACAUAAUUCAUGAAGAAAAAUUAACACCAAAAGAUUUAAUUAAUAAAUAUCAAUUGGAAAAAUCACAUUUAGCGUUUACAUUAUGUACAAAACUACCAGAUGGUUUAUAUAAACCACAUCCAAAAACAACAGUUAUUUCAUCGGUUAUUUCUGAAGCAUCAGCAUCAAAAAAACCAAAUGGUAAAUUAUUAUUUGUAUAUAUAUAUAUGUUGCUUUAG